UAUAAUAAUACAAAGUGUGAAAGUUUGAGUGACAAAUAUUUUAUAGAAACGACAACAAAUUUUUUUUUUAAAUAACAAAUUCAUGGUGCCCAUUCGUUUGAUUACAAUGAUCGAACGGAACAGUGCUUCCGGAUCUCGUAGGUUGUUUACUUUUUUGUAAACAUGUGUAAUACAUUGAUGUAGUGAAAUCAUAGAUUAUGGUUGUGAUGGCAUUUAUUCGAUUUAAAACUCAAUUGUGUGGUAAAUUAUUUUUUGUCACUUGGUUAAAGUAGUAUCAAAUUUAAAAAAAAAACGUUUUAGUGAUUGGUUUUGUUUAUUAACGCUAAAUUACUAAACGUUUAAAUCUGUUAAGAAUAAAAUGAAAAAAAUUAAAAGAAAUAUGCUUACUUGACAUUACAAUGUGAUGAAAAUGUCAUAAUUCAAAUGGUAUGCGAGAGACGAAUGAUAUGAGUAUAAUACUCAAGUAGAGAUAAAAUGUACCUAAUUAUAUUAAAUAAUUAAUACAUAAACUUAAAAGCCAUUGUACCUAUAUAAAGAAAGAGAGGGAGAGAGGUUGAGGAAGACAAGAAAAAAAAAAUAAACAAAACAAACCUAUACCACGUAGUAACAAAUUUAUACGUUUUAGUUGAAGAAAAAAACCUCUCAAAAGCGUCAUAAGAUAUUACAAAUAAUAAAUGAGAUUAGUUUAGAAAUAAAUAGAGUGCUGUUACGUGUUAUCAUAAGUAUUGAGAGAAGAAUAAAUUUGUAUGAAAUGAAAACGUGAAACGAAUCGUCAGGAUUCUGGCUUCACUGUCAGACAAUUUGGAAAUGAAAAUCGAAUAAUACGCUGUUUCCCUCUCUAACCGAGGAGCAUUCUGGGAGUUUAUUCACGACUAACUCCUGCUGCCGUCGCGUUCAGAAAACGAACGUUAAACCUAACCUCAAAUCGAUAUACUUGAAUCUAGCGGUUAGAAUUAUAUUACAGUGUCAUAUCGGCGUUGAAUUUUAUUAGAAAGAGACUCGUUUGACGAAUUUUUGUAACCAAAAUUGAUUGGUUUAUGAAAAUCAACAAUUCAGUUUCGUCCAGCAUCAUUUAAACGUUCGUUCGACACUUCAAAACAUUUGACAGCCUUUCGACAAACAGUGUCCCAACAAUUGUGCAUUGUUGUUUUUUCCAUAAAAAUGAACUCACUGCUCUUGUAAUUGCGCAAUGCUGAUGUUAUGAUGCACCAGAAUGCAGUAUUUCACUGCAUUCGUACUGAUCCUUUUGUGGACGGUGAAAAAGCUACAAUGUUCAGACCGGAUGAACAAUACCGCAGGACACAUAGUGAAGCUGGUUGUAUCGCCGAAACCGAUCGAAGAUGUGGGAAUCAGGCCGAUUAUUCUUAAGAAAGAAUCUGAAUCUUUAAAUUUGACGUGUCGAAUUGUUUAUCAAAAAACGGAGAGGAAUGACAUUCCAUUACCAUAUGAAGAUCCACUGCCAACUUACAUCGUUGACUGGAAAGCUUUGAAUUCCAAUGAUAAUCGGUUCAAACGUGGCCAGAAUGAGAACAGCGCUUGGCUCUGGUUUGAGAGCCUCGCGGAAGCAGAUGCUGGAGAUUACAGCUGUCAUGCCAUUUCGUUGAACGCGUCAAGACAGCCUAAGGUGUCUGCGGAGAUCCAUUUGUCAGUAAAAAACCAGGUCGGAACAUGUGGUACAAACUGGUUCAGGUGCUACUCGUCCCUUUGUAUCAGUCGGCGAUAUCUGUGCGACGGCAUGGCCGACUGCGAGGAUGGAGAGGACGAAUCAGCCGUCGCUGGCUGCGGUCCGAAACCAUGUUUUGGAAAGAUAUUCUGUGGGAAACGUUGUAUGCCACCUGCUUGGUGUUGUGAUCUUGGUAACUGUAACGCAAGCUUGCCAAUCGUUCGUCCGGAUCCACCUGGAAUUAUUUCUACCGACCAGCAGCGGUUCAAUGAUAUGGGAUUUCUGCAAACUACCAUCUACACUGUCAUUGGUUGCGCAAUGGCAUUCAUGUUUAUUGUUACAAUACUAGUUAUAAUGAUAUGUAGAGUUCAUAUGAAACGUGCUAUGAAUUCGAGAUGUCCGCAACAAGUGAGAAAUCCAGGGUCGCGACCACGUCAUAGCGUCCCAUUGUAUGACCUUGAUGUGUACUUAAAUAGAACCGCGGAUAUUAACAACCAAGGAGGGGUCACAGUAACUUAUAACAUCAACAAUGGAGUCCAAUUUGUUGGAAGGCCUGUAGAGCCACCACCGUAUUCUGAAAUUGCACCCGUUCCCCCAAGGGAAGGCCCUCCACCUCCGUACGUAUCCCGCGAAAAUCUGCUUGACGCUCCGAUCGUGUCAAACUUGAAUUCCAAUGAAGUCCAGCGGGCAAAUAGUCAUAGUUUAACUACGGAAUUUAUUAACAACGAAGGUACGGGGUCUCGGAUUGCUUGUAAUUAUCCGAACAAUCUUAACUCGACAAGUGUUCAUUGUUUUUCGAGUGGUCAGAUACCAGGGCCUCAAACUACACCAGGUUUCAAUCGUUUUAACAUGAGUUUAAUUUGUGAUAACACGUCGAAUACGACAUUGAAUACUUCCACUAGUACAGCUCUUAAUACUAGCAGCAAUUCGGACUCUAGUAGUAAUGAUUCUGUCGGGAAUUUUGCUAUCUGCAGAAACAUAACGUCGCAUUCGCAAAAUUUCGAGCCGGAGUAUACAGAAACAGAUUCGCUCUUGAUAGAAAAUCGUCGCGACGUUCAAGCUCAGUGUACAGAUCGAAUUGUGCGAAGCUCUGAUUACCCUGGUACAAUUUUGAAUGGUCAAAUCACUAACGGUAUUCAAGAUACGGUUUCAGUUUUGAAGAACACCACAAGCGUAGAGGUUCCUGCCUUGUUAUCUGAUAGUCACAGUGGUCUAAAUCCUAAAGGAACACUAAACAAUAUCGGUAAUAACUUUGAUUCGAAAAUGAGUACAAAUUUUCCAGUCAACAAGCGGUACGAAUCACAAAUAUCGAAAAACUUGGAACCAGAAUCUUCUUUCUUAGACUCGGAAUUGAAAAUCUCAUGCUCAGGUGAAACUAGGGUAAGUAAGAAUGAUAAUUCGGUUCAGAAGUCAAUUCCAGUUGGGAUAAAUUCGUUGACCAAUCAAGACAUGGAUUCUACCUUGCAGAGGCUUAGCUCCAAAACAGUUUUGGACCUGAGCUUACUAGGUGAGUCGUCGAAAAAUAAUUUGUCAAGAAAUAAUAGCGAAACUGCGAGAUCCUUGCCAUUUCAUUUAAAUUUCAACAACCCGGUGCACGGUUUCGUAGAAUCCGACAGAGACUUAAGUGGAUAUAACUCGAGUCUAGUAAUUGGAAAUGGAGAUUCAAUCAAAACACAUCGUGUAUUAGAAAUGAAUAAACUUUCUGCAAAUGACUCUGUGAAAUCCUCCAGAAUGUGCAAAACUAUGAAAGAUUUAAGCGAUCAUAUAACAAACGUGUCUUUAAGUCGUGAAAACCUCGCGUCAUGCACAGAGGACUCACCGACUAAUGAUGAUAAAAGUAUGGAACGUUUUCCUGGAUAUUUGAAUAUAAAAGAUGACCAAAUGCUGAGGGUGCCUUUAGUAGCUGUUGAAGAUAGCUCGGUGAAUUACAAUAAUUUAACUGCAAGCCUGACCACAAGUGAUAUACCGGAAGAUGGCAAACAGACUAUUCAAUCUGAAGGCAGUAUGCCGAUAAGAGAAACUGAACCGUUGGUAAUGCCUUUGCGUGAGUCAUUUAUUGGCGUUCGAAAAGAAGAAUGAAAAUAUUUUUAAUAACAACUAUACGAAAACGAUUUUACAAAUCCUCGUUGAGGUGGAAUUCAAGGAAGUGUUCUUAUAUCGACGACGUGGCAGUGACCAGUAUUUUUCCGUUUUGUCAAAUUCAUUUCUACUGUUGAACGUAAAAAUAAGAUUGCGGCAGCUAAUCAAAAUUGAUGUAGAAAACAGACAGAUGGACAAGCUUAAACACAAGCAGAUUUUCAUCCACUAGAAGAUUGGGUUGAUAAUCUACUCCACUUGGCAGUGCAUAGACAUACAUAUUGCACUUAUAAUCAGAAAAGCUCUAAUUCCUCGUCUCACUAUUGCAAGCGUAUUAGUGCAGCAGUGACAGUAGUUAGCCCAACUUUAGGGAGAAACAAAAAAUUAACUCAAUUAAAAAAAAAACGAAGUCAGUCUUCCCAAUUGAAGUUUCUCUGAUCCUAAAAUAUUAUCAAUUAUUUAUUUCCUUAAUUUUUUCCCCCCACGUUUUAUGCGUGUAUUUUUAUUAAGUAUUAGAGGCUCAUUUCAUAUAAAAUUGUGCAGUCGUUCUUCGCCUAUAUUUCCGAAGCGGCUAAUUUUUUUCUUAUCUUCCCCUAGUAAUAAGUAACGUGUCUACCAAAUAUUAAAUCUGUCAGAAAAUAACUUUUCGGAGAUUUCAAUUUUAAACUUUUGUCUACAAUAAGGGUGAGUUAACUGCAAAGUUGCUCAUUUCAUACGGAAUUUUGGAAUCGUAUUCUUCAGGCAAUUUCACACAAGAAAUUUUACUUUUGAAAUAAACCUUUGAAAAUUAAUGUGUGUCAACAAAUUCAUACAGCAUGAAACGGCUGCACCGUUUGAUAUAGGAUGACCGUAUAUACAUGAUUAUUCAACUCCACUAAUAAUAGGUCAUGAAUUUUAUUGAAUUUCUCAUGUUUAACAGUUUUUUCACGAAUUUUCGAGUAAACAUAGUAAUUAUAUAACCGUAACUUAGUUACACGAAAUGAAAUUCACUCAAAUACCUAGGACAUAGAAAAAAAAGUUACGAUAUCUUGCAAUAACCAUUGUAAUGCCUCUAUUAAAGCUAAUAGACUUUAAAUCUAAUAUUAGAUAGUGUCAAUCUGUAUUUACACUAUAGACAUACGUAUUGUUAAUCAAUUGACUUAGUAAUAAUUAUUAAAGUACAGUAGACAAUAAGGGAUAAAACGCAAGCAUUAUGCAGAAUGCAGAUUGUAGAUAUAUUCAAAAGCCGUGUGUAAAUAUUUUAUGCAUUGUGUUCAAGAAAAGACUAGCGAAUAUUUUCGAUUGCAUCGACAUCGGCAGUUAUUCAUAUCAAUUUUAUAAAAGAAGACGGAUGAAAUGAAAUAAAAAAGGAAAGAGAGUAAGGAAAUCGGAUAUGAAAGGAAUUGUGUAUAAUGCAAUACAUAUCGAGUGAAUGAUGUUGAAACAUAACAUCGUACUGCAUUGUGAUUAUUUACAUACGUAUAUAAUUAUAUAUGUAUGUAUGUACAAAGGUUUAGUUGUACAUUUUUUUAGGAUUCUGCUUAGAGUUGUUUUUGCGUUUCGUUUUUAUCGCGCACAAGCUUUCAGAGGCUCAACUACAGUAUACUACAUGAAUAAGUGCGUUUCGAAUUGACACACAUCGAUAAUAUACGUAAAUUUACGGGUCGGAAAACCCCCCUGGAAAAUCCUAAAAAAUGUUAUGCGUCAGUGAAAACUGCGAGCGUCAAACCUCCUGUUAAAUUUAAAAAUUGUUGAAUCGAUUGAUCUUGGGUUACAACGCCUACUGUAAACUUAAGAAUUGAAUAUUCUAAUAGUAUCUAUACAAAAUUUUUCCCGCCAUUUCCCAUAAUAAUAUUGUUUACUAUUAUACCAUGAUGUUGAAAAUAUAUUGCCAUUUUCAAUUACUGUUA